UCCCGACGAUGGCGAGCGGCGGCAACGCAGGGAGCGGCAACAGCCACCGACUGCGCUACAAGAACGCUGGACUGGACGCCCAAGAGCUGAGGCGGCGGAGGGAAGAAGAGGGUGUGCAGCUGCGUAAGCUGAAGCGCGAGAGUGAGCUGUGCAAAAGGCGCAACCUCGGUGCCCCGGAAUCGGACGGAGAUGGCGGCUCGGGACCCGAGCGAGCAGGAGUCACGGCCGAGAUGGUGGCCCAGCUGUACGCCGACGUUCCCGAGCUUCAGCUGCAGGCCACUCAGCGCUUCCGCAAACUCCUGUCGCGCGAGCCGAACCCGCCCAUCGACGAGGUCAUCGAGACAGGCAUUGUGCCGAGGUUCGUCGAGUUCCUGCAGCGCGACGACCACUGCACCCUGCAGUUCGAGGCAGCCUGGGCCCUGACUAACAUCGCUUCCGGCACGUCGCUGCAGACGCGGCGCGUCGUCGAAGCCGGCGCAGUGCCCGUGUUCGUGCGCCUCCUGGGCUCGGAGUUCGAAGACGUGCAGGAGCAGGCCGUCUGGGCGUUGGGCAACAUCGCCGGCGACUCGCCAGAGUGCCGCGACUACGUGCUCGAUCAGGGCAUCCUGAUGCCGCUGCUGCAUCUCAUCAGCAAGUCCACGCGCACGUCGAUGACGCGUAACGCCGUGUGGGCGCUCUCCAACUUGUGCCGGGGAAAGAACCCGCCGCCACGGUUCGAGCAGGUGCAGCCGUGCUUGCCUCUCUUGGCGCGCCUGCUCUACGUCAACGACUUCGACGUGCUGGCCGACGCGUGUUGGGCGCUGUCCUACCUCUCCGACGGUCCCAACGACAAGAUACAGGCGGUGAUCGACGCGGGCGUUUGCAGGCGGCUCGUGGAACUCCUGAUGCACGCCAGCCAGGGCGUAGUGUCGGCAGCGCUGCGGGCCGUCGGCAACAUCGUCACGGGAGACGACGCGCAGACUCAAGUGGUGCUCAACAGUAACGCCCUGCCCUGCCUGCUGCACCUGCUCUCGUCCCCCAAGGAGUCCAUACGCAAGGAGGCGUGCUGGACACUCUCCAACAUCACGGCCGGCAACCGGCAGCAGAUACAGGCCGUCAUCGACGCCAACAUCUUUCCCGUGCUGGUGGACGUGCUGGCUCGAGCCGAGCUGAAGACCAAGAAGGAGGCCGCGUGGGCCAUCACCAACGCCACUUCGGGCGGCUCUCCGGACCAGGUGCGCUUCCUUGUCCAGCAGGAGUGCGUGGCGCCUCUGUGCGACCUGCUCACCGCGGCCGACCCGAAAGUGGUGCAGGUGGCGCUGAACGGACUGGACAACAUCCUGCGGCUCGGCGCCCAGGACGCGCAGCAGGGGCGGCUCAACCCGUACGCCGUGCUCGUGGAGGAGUGCUUUGGCCUGGACAAGAUCGAGUUCCUGCAGUCGCACGAGAAUGCCGACAUCUACCAGAAGGCGUUCGAGAUGAUCGAACACUACUUCGGCACCGAGGAGGAGGACUCGCGCAUCGCGCCGUCCGCGCAGGGCGGCCAGUUCCAGUUCGGCCCUGCCCCCGCUGCGGAGGGCGCCGACUACCGCUUCUGACGGGGUCCGCCGCCCCGACGCUAGUCCGCCGCGCUGCUUGCAUUGUACAUAAGAGAAGUUGGAAGAAGAACGAACUGUAUUUAUUUGCCCGGGGCACCGCCACCCCUGUGUACAUAGAGCCUCGGGGAGGAGGAGAAAAUAAAAACUAUUUCCCUGCCA